GCGCGCGCCCGCGCCUCGUUCUACCCGCGGCGUGACCGUAAAGAGGCGCGGCCGUGUCGUGAAAGGGGCCGCAACACGCAGGGAGCUGGUUGACGGCUGGGACUCCAUUUUGUUCGCCGCUGCUCUGCUCCAGACGUCGGUACUGCGGUUCCGGAGUAGCGGGGAGAAUGCGGCCCUUGGACAUCGUCGAGCUGGCAGAACCGGAGGAAGUGGAAGUGCUGGAGCCCGAGGAGGAUUUCGAGCAGUUCCUGCUCCCCGUCAUCAACGAGAUGCGGGAGGACAUCGCGGCCCUCACCCGGGAGCACGGGCGGGCGUACAUGCGGAACAGGAGCAAGUUGUGGGAGAUGGACAAUAUGCUCAUCCAGAUAAAGACGCAGGUGGAGGCCUCGGAGGAGAGCGCCCUGAACCAUCUGCAGAAUCCGAGCGACGGAGUCGAGGGCAGGGCCACCAAGAGGUGCGAGAAGGCCGAGGAGAAGGCCAAGGAGAUCGCGAAGAUGGCAGAGAUGCUGGUGGAGCUGGUGCGGCGGAUAGAGAGAAGCGAGUCGUCGUGAACGCGGGCGGCGGUUUACAGCCAAUGGAUUCUGGUCAACUGAUGGAGAUUGGCUGACACCCUGGAGAAGCUGAAACCAGAGAGCCUUUUGUUUUCUUUCUUUCUGUCUAUACUCUGUUCUCAUUUACACUACGUUUCUGCUGUGGUCUGUGGUUGAUGACCUCAAUAUGAGUUUUGACUGUUAAAUGUUUUUGUUUGGGGGUGUAACUUUUAUUUGGGAAACGCUCUGACGUACUACAGGUAUUAGGGCCUAGAGUGUAAGCUCUUGCAGCAGUCAUAUUUGUUCCCGGGCUUUGGUUAUUUCUAAAUUUUGAGGUGUUUCGCUCUUUCUUGUGUGAUCUGAUAGCUCCCUGGAACUUUGGGUCUGUGUGACACAUGAGACUCAGAGUUGGAGUCCUCCAGCUCUGGAGGUGCUGGAGGAGCGGCUUUACUUCUAGAAGAUGACACCAUGCAGCAGCCGCUGAAGAAGCUGAAGAAGGGACCAGACGUCAACCGGGAAUGUGAAUGGGGCUGAUGGGCCAGGACUGAUGAAUCAGAAGACGGGGUGGAAGAUGGUACUGUCUGUAUUUUGGGACUUGAAUUUCUGUGUGAGACCAAAGGAGGAGAGAUGUAUUUUGUUCAAAACUGAAUUUUAUGUGGCACGCUAUCCGAUGUAACCUGUCUGGUCAGUUUGUUUGGACAACCUAACUCAGCUUUAUUUGACAUGGAACCUAGAAUGGGGGAUGAGAUCUGGGUGUUCUGUGCAAGUUGAUGUUAUACCCUGAUGUAUUUCAGGGGAUUCUGGGUAUGAUGUGAAAGAUAUUUGCAAGCCCUUGAGGGGCUAGGGAAGGAAAGCAAGGACUGUCUGCAUUGGACCCUAAAGUGGACAGGGACUAAGUGUCUUCAAGGUUCAUAAGUUGUCCAGCUGUAAGUUCAUUUGAGUAGCAGACCUGACAAGUAUUUGAGGUCAAAACCCUACCAUGUGUUAAAAAAUUACCAUGUUAAUAAAAGUAUUCAUUUGCUUGAAAAGACGACCUAAAAA